GAAAGUCCAACUAAGAGGUUGCUCGGAAGGCAAACGCCAAACCCUAAGGCUCGAGAGUCAAAUUCCUCACAACCAAUCCCCGAAAUCGAAUUUUCUGACGCAGGAACCGUAGAUCGGAGAUCAUCCAAGAAACCAUGGGAAACACAGAGAAACUGAUGAACCAAAUCAUGGAAUUGAAGUUUACCUCGAAAUCCCUCCAACGCCAGGCGAGGAAGUGCGAGAAAGAGGAGAAAGGCGAGAAACUCAAGGUCAAGAAAGCGAUCGAGAAGGGCAACAUGGACGGAGCCCGUAUCUACGCCGAGAACGCCAUCCGCAAACGCACCGAGCAGAUGAAUUACCUCCGCCUCUCCUCUCGCCUCGAUGCCGUCGUCGCCCGCCUCGACACACAGGCCAAGAUGACCACCAUCAGCAAGUCCAUGGGCUCCAUCGUCAAGUCUCUCGAAUCUACUCUUGCCACCGGCAAUUUGCAGAAGAUGUCCGAGACGAUGGACCAGUUCGAGAAGCAAUUCGUCAACAUGGAGGUUCAGGCCGAGUUUAUGGAGAGUUCCAUGGCUGGAUCGACCUCGCUUUCGACUCCGGAGGGAGAGGUCAACAGUUUGAUGCAGCAAGUGGCGGAUGAUUACGGCCUGGAGGUGUCGGUGGGGCUGCCACAGCCGGCGGCGCACGCGGUUCCGGCCAAGGCGGAGAAGGUUGACGAGGACGAUCUUUCCAGGAGGCUUGCAGAGCUCAAGGCCAGAGGUUGAUCUGAAUUGAAUGCUAGGGUAAAUGUUUUGAUGUUAUCUUCGAUAUUUGGAAUGGAGUUUAUAGCAUAUUGGAAAGACUUAUCGUGUAAAUUUAAACGAAUUUGGAUUUGAGCAAUGUUUGUUAAAUAUGGAUAUUGAUGCCUAGCUAUUUGCAUGCGGUUGAAUAUGUGUCUGGGUUUAUUACCAAUGCAGAAAAGAGGCGCAUAUGUACAUUUAGAUGAUUUCUAAUUCCAAAUGUUCUUUCCCUGUUCUCUUGUUUCCAA